ACGGAUUUCUUCGCCGACGAGCACGAAAAUAAAAGGCUAGAAAAACAUUUCGAUUCUUCCCUCGUUUCGCGCGAAACGAAAGCUUAUACGCCAAAAAUUAACGCGAGGUUUAUAAAAACGGAGAUUGAACGGUGUGGAAAAAUGAGAAGAUGAUCGUCGAAAAGCGUGAAACUUUUACUCAACCGAGUUUUUCUUUCAUUUCUUUCAUUUCCAUAUUUUCAGAUUCAUUUUUUCGAUUUCCAGAGAAAUUCGAUUCGAUGGUUUUCGUACGUAUCUACGUAAACGUUUACCUUUGCCUUUGAAUUAACGCACGCUCGAAGGAACAACGCAGAAUCGAGCGACGAAAAUAUGGAGAUCGAUUCGAAAGAGAGAGAGAAAGAGAGAAGAAAGAAAGAACGAGAAUGAGAAUAAUAUUGUACGCGUUUUUAUUGCACUCGUUGUUCCGUCUUGUCCACGCGAUGGAGGGGGAGGAGACGACGUUGGCCGGAGUGGAAAAGAGGGAGGAGAAGGAGGAGGAGGAGGCGGAGAUGGACAUGGAGGAGGUGGGGAUGACGGAAGAGGUUAUGGAUCCGAAAAUAAAGAUAACCGAUGUGCCCGACGUGGAAGAAACAACCGAGGAGUUCGACCCGACUUGGGACAAAAACAAAGUAAUACGAGACGUGGCCUAUUACAUACGUGGCCACAAAUUUGGCGAUUUCGAUCGUCGCUAUUACAAGAGGUACGAGGACGCGGCGAAAAAGCCGUACGAAGAAUUCCCGAAGCCGGCUCUGAGAUCUCUACAUUGGGAGGUGCACAGAUAUUGCGACGCGAGUUUCCUCGAGUGUCUGAGAUAUCUCGAGGGCGUCAUUGAGCAGACCGCGCUGAAACGGCAGGACGACACCAUCACAGCUAUAAAUGAACAGAAAUGGGUCUUGCCCGACAAUAUGCAGCAGAUACUGUCCGUUCAAAAGGAAUGUCUAAACGCGAUGGAGCGUGACAAAAAAGUGAUGCCGCCGUUCGAAGGUCCGAUAGAACGAUUUCAGUGGCGCACCACGGUGAGUUAUUACAUGUGUUGGUACACGAUGCUCGGCGUUCCAGAGCUGAGCAUUUUCGGGGAGCCGUGCGACAAUCACGCGAACUGCGAGAUCCGGCCAACGGGGGAUCCGAGGGCCGAUGACACGGAACCGUAUGCCUGCGCCCUUUACAGCUUCUGCCCGGAUCAUUGUUGUCCCAUGAAACGUAUCGGGGAUAUGACGGAUUGCUACCAGUCUGAGGCCAACCCCUGUUACGCUGGGAACGAACCAGGGAGUAGAGAGUGCAAGUUGAGCCGAGAGAAGAAUCAAGAUUUUUUGAGCUUGGUUGGGAAUCAGAUCAACAUCAGCUGCCAAUGCGGCGAGCCCGGAUACGAGUGGUCCGCGAGAUACGGCCUUUGCGUGGACGUGAACGAGUGCGUCCGCGGCGAACACCGUUGUUCCGUAGAUGAAGGGGAGACGUGUUGGAACAUGCCUGGCGGUUACGAGUGCGUUUGCAAAUUUGGUUACACUUACGAUGAGGAGAAUAAGGAGUGCGUGGAGAGCCCCGAGGUUGCCCUCGUGUUGGCGGGGUGGAAAGAGGAGGAGAACGUCACCGAGGAGAAGAACAUUAUCGAGAUGAUCGUGAAAACUCUCGCGAGAGCUGCUGCCAAUCGUCCCGUGAUCGAUCGUUCGAUCCUUUUCACCGUGAUGAUCGUCCCACGCCUCUUUUCGUUCCGAUAAAAAAAUAGUCAGGGAUGCGAUAAUACCUCUUUCGCCCUUUUUAUCCGUUUUACAGACACAUAGUAGAAUGGAACAAGACACUUAGAGAUAAGAUAAUUAACGACGAUAAUGGAUCAAAGAUUGGAUUUAAAAUAGAUUAUAAUUGCGUUGACAAUGCGACGAUCCAAGGUUAUGAAUAUAAUUUCUUGCGUUAGAAAUUGGAAUUAAUCGUUUCCUAGAUUUAAAGAAACUUUUUCUCUUCAUUUUUUCUUUUAGAUUUAGAAAUUAUAGUGUAGACGUUAUAAUUAUGUAAUAUGAUGAUUGUGUCGGGAUCAAGGAUACAGCGAUGAUAAAUGUUACUUUUUCCUAGA